GUGACAUCGAAACUACCUUGUAGGUGUUCGCCACACGCCCCUCUUUUUAUUUCAUCAUCUUUCUCAAAUCUUAUUCCCAAUGAAGAACUUCUCAUAAUCCAAUUCUUCUCAAAUCCUCUUUCAAUACUUAUAUCAGUAUUUGCAAGGUGGUAGUGAAUCACAAAUGAAUUCAGGGAUUGCUCCUGCAGCUAAGACUGGCAUGGCAGUGGAGAAAUCACCAAUUCGGGUGCAUUCUAGCAAAGAAAAGCAACGGCAAAUUCCUAAAAGAAUCCACAAGGCUGAGAGAGAGAAGAUGAAGCGUGAACAUUUGAAUGACCUCUUUCUUGGUUUGGCUAAUUCUUUAGAACUAUCAGAUCAGAACAAUGGUAAGGCCUUUUUGUUGAAUGAAGCCAGUCGAGUGGUGUCCGAAACAAUAGCUCAGAUCAAGUCUCUGAAAAGAGAAAAUGCUGCUUUAUUGUCUGAAUCUCAAUAUAUAACCGUGGAAAAGAAGGAACUACAAGAUGAAAAUUCUGCUUUAGAGGCUCAAAUCGGGAACUUGCGGAGUGAGCUGAAGGCAUGUGUUUCUGAGUCCCGACUCGACCUGAACGUGGCCCCUCCUGAAUGUGAUCUCCAAGAACUCGCAUCACAUAGAAGUAAGGAUCAUCCCGGAUUUCCUUUCAUGCAACCUGGACAGCAGCAAAUACAAACUGUAAAUCAAUUAUAUCUUGUUCCCAUCUGCUCAAAUAUGCAAGUGCAUGAGGAGCCCAGUACUGCUCAACUUGCAUCAAAGCCAAGCAAACCACAUGCUCGAUAUCCUGCUCCAGCCGACACAUGGCCGUCCCAACUUCUCGAAAAGCAGCCGGAGUUAAGGAAGGAAAUUCUGCAAAGUGAUAGAAAUAAUAGCAAACCAUAAGGCCUUAAAGAUGUGAUGCUGUGUAAUUUUGACUAAUAUGAAGCUUAGUCUGCUAGAAACUGUGUCCUUCCUUCACCUCUUUCUUAGACAGAUACUUACUCAUAUUGACGAUGAUGAGCAGUUAAUUAGUUGAAAUGCUGUCAAUUAAGAAAUUGUUUCUUGCAUGAUGUUACUCAUGUGAGUUUUUUUA